AUGAGAACAUGCCCCUAUAUUGUAUUGAUUGCAAGAAAAUUGGUCAUGAUCUUCAAUCCUGUCGACACAAUACACAAGCAUCAUAAUCACAAAAGAAAGAAACGCAGCCUUCAAAGCAACAGUUUAAAACUCAAAUUCAAGGAAACCAAACAAAAUCCAUCACCCUCUGAAGUUGUGCAAAUCCCGUCGAAGUCAGUUGCUUCUGGCGGGGUUCAGAAUCCGUCGGUCACUGCCGCCGGAGACUACCUCAAUUCUAAUGAUGUUCGGCCAUCUCCGCAGUUGCAAGCAACCCAUGUUGCACAAUCAGCCUCUGCGGAUCAGAAUGACGACGAACACAUCACCGCCGCUAAUGAACACUUUCCACUCUCUUCGAUUGUGUUGCACCAGCCCAUUGCUUCGGACCAAGCCCCUGCUGGGACGCGCACGACUGAAACCCUUUUCGCACACCGAGAUGCUGCUGCUCCGCGGGACUCCACUGAAGCCGCCGCUCCUACGAAGAUCGCUGCUAUCACUAGCGACGGAAGAGCCUCAUCACCGGAGAAUAUGGAUAACCGGCGAAGUCAACAAUGGCUAAAAAAUUUGGGGAGUCUCCGCUGA